ACAUGCGUGCGCAAUACAAUUCUUUCCUCGUUUUACAAUGUCAUAGAAUGACCAGUAUUAAUCUAGUAAAUAUUCUUGAUCAAAGAGGGCGUAAAAAGUAUGCGCGAUAUCGACACAGCGCGGAAGGAACAAAUUUUCAAAAUGGCGACUACAGAGCAAGUGCCGGUUGAGAGCAACGAGGUGCUUACCUUCUCCACAGAAAAUACAACAUCCAAAAUGGAAAUUAUGGAUGUAGUAGAACCUACAAAUUCUGUAACUACUAGCAAAGAAGCACCUUCGAUAAACUGUAAAGAUUCAGUUUCAGUUGAUGAUAUGACUUCAAGAGAUUAUUAUUUUGAUUCAUAUGCACAUUAUGGUAUUCACGAAGAAAUGCUAAAGGAUGAAGUGCGAACAGUAACAUACCGAAAUUCGAUGUAUGAUAAUAAACAUCUUUUUAAAGGAAAAGUUGUAUUGGAUAUUGGAUGUGGUACAGGAAUUCUGUCAAUGUUUGCUGCAAAAGCGGGAGCAGCGAGGGUUAUUGGUAUAGAGUGCUCUAAUAUUGUAGAAUAUGCAAAAAAAAUAGUUGAAGCUAAUCAAUUGUCCGAUGUUGUUACAAUAUUAAAAGGAAAAGUAGAAGAAGUUACUUUACCUGAUGGUAUUGAAAAAGUUGAUAUUAUCAUUUCAGAAUGGAUGGGUUAUUGUUUGUUUUAUGAAUCUAUGUUAGAUACUGUACUUUUUGCAAGAGAUAAAUGGUUACGACCAGAUGGCAUGUUAUUUCCAGACAAAGCAACGCUUUAUAUUUGUGGAAUUGAAGACAGACAAUAUAAAGAUGAAAAAAUCAAUUGGUGGGAUGAUGUCUACGGUUUUGAUAUGAGUAGUAUACGAAAAGUUGCUAUCAGUGAACCAUUAGUUGACGUUGUUGAUCCUAAGCAGGUUGUGACGAAUUCUUGCAUGAUCAAGGAAGUUGAUCUAUACACAGUGACAAAAGCUGAUCUUAACUUUUCUUCACCAUUUGCCCUUCAAGUUCGUAGGAACGACUAUGUUCAAGCUCUUGUCACCUUUUUUAACAUUGAAUUUACUAAAUGCCAUAAACGCAUGGGCUUUAGUACAGCUCCAGAAUCACAGUAUACACAUUGGAAGCAGACAGUAUUUUAUUUUGAUGAGUACAUGACUGUUAAAAAAGGAGAGGAAAUCUAUGGUAACUUCGCAAUGGAGCCAAAUGCACGAAACUACCGUGAUCUUGAUUUCACGAUUGAAAUUGAAUUUAAGGGCGAAUUAUGCCAAAUACAUGAGUCUAACCACUACCGCAUGCGCUGAUAAUGACCUAUCAACGAUUUUGAUGGAUGUUACGUUGUGUAGUAUUUUUUGAAAGAAAGAAAAUAAAAUUAAAAAUAAACUGAUCGCGAGAUUUUCCAAACUGUAUGUAAUUGAUGAUGGAUGAUAUAAUGGAGAAUAAAAAAACGUUAAUCGACUGAAUGGUAAAGAAUAUAAAAAUAUCAAGUGCUAAUGACUAUUCGUUCGUUUGUGUCUAUCAGCAAUUUGUGCUGGUUGUUAUCGUUGUUGCUGCAAUUUAUGUCAGUUUUACGUCAAUCGAAUAUCUAAACUUCUUUUAUGUGAAUUUUCAUACUUCCAGUGCGAUCGCAAUAGAUAUAACUAAUAAUUUUUAAUAUAUUUUUGUAAGUGUGAUCAAAUGCGAAUAAUUCAUAUU